GGCUCUUGGUGACACCGUUCAUCAGCGCUUUCAUGAUAAACGAAAUUAGCUUCACAACAACAGCGACAACAUGCUCCAAUCGCUGUUCAAUCAUAACUGAGUGGGUUUACGAGCGGCGCUCGCUUAUAUACCGAUUUUUGAUUUCAAUAGCCUGUUUUGAAAGCAAUUUUAAGACUAUUGAAACAAGUUUUUGGAUGAAAAAGUAACAAGUAUAUGACACGUAGACAUUUUAUCUUUCAAAUGAAGUGUUUAUCAUACCAUUUCGUUCAGUUGUUUAAGAGCUAUUAACGCUCAAAAUCUCGGUCUCCGGCGUAACGCUUUCGUUCUCGAAACUUUGGUUUUACACCCCGGUAUAGAAAUGAAAGACGUAGUCCUACGUCAAAAAUUUAAAGGGGUUGCACCUUGGACACGACCGCAUAUUUUCAACGUAGAACUAUGCAAUUAUAUUAUGCAAUCCACUUGUUUACCACUUCGAAUAUAUUAAAUUUGAUGAACGUCCUUUUACGAUUGAUAUGAUGCCUAGGACUACCAAAAUAUGUGAACGAAAUAAUUGUCAAACGAUCAUUGUAUUUUACAUUUCCCUCUGAAAUUAUUGCACAUCUCAUUUUUACGUAGUUCUCGAACCGCGAAAGUUCAUUCAAUUUUAGUAUCUGAAAUGACGAUUUUCCCAGGCUUCUCAGUUUAAAAGUACGUUUUAGGGAAACAUAUUCCGGUCUGCACAAUGACAAGCGAGUACAAAAGUACUCAACACCAAAAAUACCUCCGACUUGCAUGUAUUUGCAAAGCGGAUUCCCACAGGCACAUUAGGCCGUAUGAAUAAAAACAAAAUUCACCUUUACUUUACUUCAUUCGAGCAGUCGAGCAGUGAGAUUAAGUUUUUACUACGUUUGGUAUGAAUAAAAGAAACAACAAAGUAUUUACUUUUCGAAAAUGGAUGUUUAGCUGAUUUCGUAUGAAUAAAACAGCAUUCAUCAAGUAUUUACUUCGUUAUUAUUAAGUAUGCUCAUGAGCAUACUUUGAUCUGAAAACACUAUCAUUCGUUUUGAUGUCAUAUCCGAUUUAUGUUUAAUGCUGCUAUCUUGCGCUUGAAGUUAAACAAGUUAACGAUCCGUAUUGAUGGCAUUGAGCUUCGUUUACUAGUUUAGGGGAGCGUAAAAAAAAUUUAUUGAUUUUCAGGCGGAAUGAACACGUUUUUAAAAUUUAAAUUAUGAAUGAAAAAUAACCUUUACGUACCAAUUUGGCAUUCUGUUUAAAUGAAAUCACUUUUGUUUGCAAGUGGUGAAAAAAUCUUGUACGAAUAUUGUUUUUGAAGACAACUUUAUAUUAUAAUGAAAAGUUUCAGUAAUGAUGUUGGAAAUGUAUAGACAAAGGGUUAAAUAAAAGUCGGAAAAAAGUGUUUCAAGUGAUUGAAUAACUUGAUGUGAACAUUUUCAUUCAAAUUUCAACAUUUGAAAACUGGCUUCGUGUCUUCUAAUAUGAUAGGUAUUACACUAACGAGAUAGGGACCCAAACUAUUGUCCCUAAUUGAAAGUCGCCACCAGACGUCGACACUAUUCCUUUUUCAUCGCGAAUUCACGCUUUGUCCAAAAAAAAACGUUUUGAAACGGAACCUAAACAAUCAGUUGAUAGAUGUUUGACAAAGUAAAAACUAUGUUCGAAUUCGAAAAUCAAAUUAGUAAAGUAAACUUUUAUUCAUACGGAUUCAAGUAAAUACUAGGAAAGUUUACUUUACUUUUUUUUUAUCCAGUUCAUUUAUUUGUAAGGCUCAAUCGCAUAAGCUUUGCGGAGCCGCUAAUUCAAGGUUUGUUUAUACAAGGUUUCAACUAAUUUCUAUGUUUAGUAGGAUUCGACCGAAUACUCGCGGUUUACUCGAGGUUAAAAGGGCAACAUUUUUGUGGGACGGGUCAGGUCAGGGAUAUGGAUAUGAGGUAUCGUUGUCUCAACCGAGAGUUGCCGCACGCACUGUAGCAUUGUGCAUAAUGAACAGUGAUAGCAUCUGGUGUUCGACUAUCUGUCGAGGGUGGGCGACGGUGAGAUGGGGGGACAAGACAAACAAACUAAUAACGAAAAAGAAAAACACAAAGGCAUUAAAUACUUAUACUAGACCGUUUCACAAACAUAUAGAUCAACUGCAUAUAGCAGAUGUCGCGAGUUCCCAACACGUCUCUAACAGGAACAUAGGGUUGUCUUCCUUGGACAUCAAGGGCAUUCAAAAGGUACUCUCUGGCUGUGUAAUUAUCCGUACAUUGCCAAACUGCGUGAUCGAUGUCAUCGUAACCGUUUCCACACCGACAGACGUUGCUUUGAACAAGAUUUAUUCUGUGGAGAUGCACAUCUAGCGAGUAGUGGUUGGACAUAAGUCUACUCAUUACACGAAUGAAGUCACGACUUACGUCCAAACCUUUGAACCACGCUCUCGAAGAAACCUUUGGAAUAAUUGAAUAUAACCAUCGCCCAAGACUUCCAGUGUCCCAAUCGAUUUGCCAACUCAAGAGGGAACGCAGUAAUUGGAAAAAUUCAUCGUAUGAAAUCUGUCUAUCAAACAAUUCGCCUUCCUGGGCACCCACCUUCGCGAGAGUGUCCGCCUUCUCAUUGCCAGGAAUUGAGCAAUGAGAGGGGACCCAAACAAAGGUUAACUUAUAAGAUCUUUCGAUCAGUGCACUCAUCUGCUGUCUCACUUUUGUGAGGAAAUAAGAUGGGUGCCUACUAGUUUUCAUCGACUGGAGAGCCUCAAGCGAACUGAGACUAUCCGAGAAAAUGAAGUAAUGGUCUGCAGGCUUGUUGGAGAUCAUCCCCAAUGCGAAUUCGAUUGCUGCCAGCUCAGCAACAUAAACGGAACAAGGUUCCUGCAGUUUACGGAAGGCGCUUGAAUUUUCAUUGAAAACACCGAAGCCAGUGGAUCCAUUGAGGCGAGACCCAUCAGUGAAGUAUCUUUUCAUGCAAUUGACUUUUUGGUAGUUUCGGUUAAAAAUACGGGGAAUGAAAGUUGGUCGAAGCUGAUCUGAAAUCCCAAGUAUUGCUUGUUUCAUCGACAGAUCGUAUUCAAUUGAGGAACUGCUGAUGGUGAAGUGAGCACGGUCUGGAGUAAACGAUGGAAGACAAAUAUCUGAUGAAAUAUAGUGAUGAUAAAUUCUCAUAAACCGAGAUUGUAUAUUUAGAUGAAGAAUUUUUUUAAAGUUUUCAAUCACAAGUGUGUUCGUGACACCGCAUUUCACCAGUAUUCUGAGAGAAAGUUCCCAGAAUCGGUUCUGUAGAGGAGUUACUCCUGCCAGAACCUCGAGACUCAUGUUAUGCGUUGAGUGCAUACAGCCGAGAGCUAUACGCAGACAAUGAUAUUGAAUUCGUUCCAAUUUUAGAAGGUGACUUUUAGCUGCUGAGAGAAAGCAGAAAGAGCCAUACUCCAGAAUAGAUAGAAUAGUUGUUUUAUAAAGCGUUAUGAGAUCUCCCGGAUGAGCUCCCCACCACGUGCCGCAAAUCGAGCGGAGAAAGUUGACUCUUUUUUGAUAUUUUUGCUUCAAAUACGUAAUGUGGGUAUUCCAAGUGCAUUUUGAAUCAAACCAGACUCCAAGGUACUUGAAGGUCAAUGAUUGGGUAAUGUUUCUGCCCAAAAGCUUAAGUUGCAAUUGGGCUAGGGACCGCUUUCGAGUAAACACUACCAGUUCUGUUUUCUGCGGCGAGAAUUCUAUCCCUAAGUUCCUUGCCCAAGAAGACAAGUUAUCUAGGGAAUUUUGCAAUGGUCUUUGCAAGUUUUUGGUAUGGGACGGAAACCACACCAUCAUCUGCAAGUUGUCUUAGCGUGCUGACAGAAUUUCUAUGGAAACUGAAUCAAAAGCUCCCUUAAUAUCCAAGAGUACUGAAGCCAGUUGCUCCUUGUGCGCAAAGGCCAGUUGAAUAUCUGUAGAAAGCAACGCUAGACAAUCGUUUGUUCCUUUGCUCUUGCGAAACCCAAAUUGUGUACUUGAUAGCAAAUUAUUUGUCUCGAUCCAUUGAUCGAGUCUUCGAAGGAUCAUUUUCUCCAGCAAUUUUCUAAUGCACGAGAGCAUAGCAAUCGGACGGUAUGAGUUAUGGUCAGACGCUGGUUUGCCAGGCUUUUGAAUUGCUAUCACUUUGACCUGUCUCCAUUCGGGUGGCACAAUAUUGUUUUUUAGUAGGGUAUUGAAUAAGUCUAGCAAGCGUCUUUUCGCGAUAUCGGGAAGAUUUUUUAGAAGAACGAAUUUAAUCAUAUCGCUUCCGGGUGAAGAGUUGUUCGAUGAAAGAAGAGCCAUAGAAAAUUCCAGCAUUGAGAAUGGUCUGUCCAGAGGUCCACCGCUCGGAGACGUUUCUCGAAGAAUAUGUUGGGCUGGAACUGAGUGUGGACAGACCUUUUUAGCGAAAUCGAAUAUCCAUCGGUUGGAGUAUUCUUCACUCUCGUAGGUAGAUGAGCGGUUACGCAUGUUGCGAGCUACCCUCCACAAGGUGCGUAUUGAGGUUUCACGAGAAAGACCUUCGAUGAAAUUGCGCCAGUAACCGGGUUUUUUUGCUUUAACUAAUUGUUUCAGCUGUAUUUCAAGCUUUGAAUAUUCCUCGAAGUGUGUGGAUGUUCCAUGUCUGCGAAAAGCUUUGAAAGCAUCAGAUUUUUUCAAAUACAAUUUUGUGCAUUCAUCGUCCCAGCCAGGAGUGGCUGGUUUUCUUUUAAAUGAAGCACUUGGAACUUUUCUUUUUGGUGCUUCCAGUGAGCUUUUAUACAAUAAAUCGACGAAGAAUCGAUAUUCUUCCAAUGAUGGAAGUGUAUCUAUUGAUUCGACACCGAUUGUUACCGCCGUUGCAAAUUUUUGCCAGUCGAUGUUCCUUGUUAGAUCAAAUGGAACUCGAGAUGGUUCAGUGGAUUGCGGGUUACACUUGAUUGAUAUAUUGAUUGGCAAGUGCUCGCUACCAUGGGGAUCAUUGAUGACCUUCCACUGACAAUCUAAUGAUAGCGAGUUUGAGUACAAAGAUAGAUCGAGUCGGCUUUCUCGAGCCGGAGGUUUUGCAAUUCGUGUCACUUCACCAGUGUUCAAGAUAGUCAAGUUGAAAUCGUCACAUAAAUCGUAAAAAAUAGCCGCCCUAGCGUCAUCAUAAAGAUCGCCGCAACGAAAUUUGUUGCCGCAGUGGCUAACCGAGUGUCCCAACUUUUGACGCAGGACUACGUCUAACCGGAAGAUAUAGGGGGUGAAAUGGAAAUCUAGGCACUGAACAAGUAGGAAAAAAUGCAAGAUUUGGAACGCUAAUAACUCGAGCAUUUCUCAAUAGAUCUCAAAGGUUUUUGCAUCAAUUGAUAGGAAAUAUAUCUACGCAUCUAUCAUAACGAAUAACAUUUCAUUUUUCUUGAGAUAAAUAAUUGAAUAAUUGUGAAAUAUCAAGCAUUGUCAAAAUGCACUAUGUGCCCAUUUUUUAUUUGUCCAUUUUGUGCUCCUCAAAUCGUACCGACCAAAACGGGCAAUCAGAGCAGCAGCGAAAUAGAAUGAAGCACGAUUGGAAAGGAAAAAGAAAAAAAUUAACGAAACAUUGGUCGCAGUCUCACACAUGCGUAAUUCUCGAGCCAGCCAGUCAGCUUAAAAAUCCCCGCUCCGCUGCCGUAACGAUCAUUCUCAUUCAAACCGUACACCACAUCGGUUCGCAUCACCACACAUCAACAAACCAACCCAAUCAGCCAUGUCUGGACAUGGUAAAGGAGGAAAAGUGAAGGGAAAGGCAAAAUCCCGCUCGAACCGUGUUGAUCUGGAGUUCCCCGCAAGGGUAGCUAGGCCGAGCGCGUUAGUACCAGUCCACCUAGCCGGCGUUAUAUAGUUUCGGCCGCCGAAGUGAUCGAGUUGGCUGGUAAAGCUGCUCGCGACGAUGAGAAAAAUCGCAUUCAGAACAGAACACAUUCAGUUCGGUGGACAUCAAGACAACAAUAGGCAGUUGCAGCGAGUGGCGCAUGGCAAACGCAAUUGCAAAACGGCAGCAGGUUUUUUCAAAAUCACGAGUACUAAGUUUUUAAAUUGGAACCAUUCCAUAAAACAAGGCGCUUUUCAGGGCCAUUAAACCUUCCAAAAAAGAGUUUAGGAAAUACAGUUCAAUGCUUUCUAAAACAAUAUCCAAAAUAAUAAUAAAACACAAAUUGAUUUUUUCAUAAUUUGUUUGCCAGGAUAUGAUGGGUAUGUGAAUUUGGCAGUUGUUCUGAGCUUAUUGAUUUUCACCAAUUCUUAAAUUGCUUCUAGAUUGAAAGUACAGUAAUUUACACUUAUCUCGACAUUUAGCUAAUUGGACGGACCUGUAAUGCGACAUAUUUAGUUGGCCAUUUUUGUAAAUAUAGAGUUCGGGGUCCAUUAUUCGGGGUUCGGGGUCCAUUAUGACCCCACAUUGAAAGUCGACACUGUACCACUGUCAUCGCAAAUGUUCAAUUACAGGUUAAAAUUACCUCCAAUCCGAUACUGAGUGGUGGUAUUGCGACAUGCCAUUGAAUGUAAUUUACUGUAAAAUAUGUCACAAGCUGGAUGGGAAGAAAUUUUCCAACUGUGAAAGCUGUGGCGAGUGGCCGAACAAGAUGGGAAUAUCGAGUGAUAACAAAAACACAACACCAAAGGUUCUUUUCAGAACCAUCAACAUAUUCAUAAAGAGUAAACAGUAAACUAAUCCAUUUUUCAGGUAGAUAGGUAGGUAUUCACGUAGGAGAAGAAAAUAAAACAAUAUAUUUAAAAUAUAUAUUUAACAAAAGCUGUCCCCUUUGUAUAGUCCUACGUCACUCCGGUUAUGUCCCCGACAUUACCCACCCGUCUUUUUACAUUUGGUACAAUUAUAAACCCGCGGUACAAACAGGUGCACUGGGAAAAAACAUUUUCUACUUUCACAUAGUUUGGGAGAACAGAACCUGCGAAAGUAACUCGAAAAGAGUGCGAGGGCUUAUAAACUUUUUUAUUUUCUUCCAAAGAUGCUGAAUGCAGAUUUAUAACAUCCAGGAUCUUUACAAGAUCUCCAAUCAUCGAGUUUUUGAAGGAACCCGACGCUUUCUUUAGUUCAUCGACACUCAGACUCGCGUCGGUUACUACGCCUUCUAUCUCCACUUCUCGAGAAGGGAUGUAGAUGUGAUACUCCCUGUUAAAAACUUCGUGGUCAACAAUCUUGUUGGCCACAUCAAAAGUCGGUGCUUCUACACGCAGUUUGUCCGGUCUCUCUUUAUGUAUCGAGACGCCCUUAUAAUUACGCAGCAAAUCUCUUGAAAUAUCAAGAGUUCUCAAAGCUUUUUCCUUGGGCCGAAAGAAAACAACCCAUGGUGCCUUCGAGGACUGUUGAUAAUAACGCGUCCGCGCAACAUUGGCAUCAGCAGAUGUCAUAACGGUGCGCAACCGCCUAUGAAAACGAAAAAAAAACUCGCACGCACACACACAACUCACACGCACACACUCGCGCAAAAACUCAACUUAAAACUAACUUAGACUAAAAACUAACUUAAACUAAAAACUAGCUCAAAUCAAAAAUCUUCUUGAAAAAAAAACAAUAAUUUCGUAAAAAAAAAUAUAAAUGAAUAAAAUAUAAAAUAUAAAAUAUGGUUCUCAAAUGGGGAUCAACACUAGGGUAGGAGCCUGCCCGUUGGUCUCAAAUGUUCCUAUCUCACGCCUCCACGAAGAUCAUAUGCCGACAUUUUUAGAUCGGGCGUGAACUGGAAACACACACCUGGUCUUGGCUCCGAGAACGGGUGUCGAAAGUGGCUAAGUGAGGGGGUGCGAGCGAGUCAGAGCGCUAUAUCUCUCCCGGGGAAGGCCUCCCGGGUCAUGGAGGCCUUGCCAACCCGCUGUCUCCCGGGCAAAGGAGAUACACCCAGACAAUGGAGCUAAGGUCAAGACGAAUACUACGAAUGCGAUCACCCGAGGAGGGUCCCCGAACUGGAGCUGGUCCUGGAACGGGCGUAAGAGCGAGCGGCCAGCGGCUGGAGGGCGAUGUGCAAGAGGCCACCAGCCGGGUUCAACCCGAAGAGCUACCGCCACACGGAAACAGCAGCCAUCGACAUCACCAACGAAAUGCUGCGCCUACGAGGCGUGUUGCGACUGUCAGACGACAGUCGUCCACACUUGUGGGUACUACUAGGCGACGGAUCAUGUGGACACACGAAAUGAACGAAUUCGUGAUCCGCGCCUAUUACAUCUGCACUGCUUUGGAGACGGACAUGAGCGGUCGCCCUCGAAUACUCGCAAUGUUCGAGGAAGCGUAUCCAGAGUUCGUCGGGAGGCUUGACCAAAACGCGAUGAACGCGAGGCGUAGAGCGAUUGUACGCAACAAUAUGCUCUCCCAAACGCAAGUCGACGAGAUCAAGCAGCAGGUGCAGAGAGAACUAAGCUCCAGAACAAGCAGAGCAAGCGAUGUGUCGAGACGAAGUUCAGUACGGCUGAGCAAUUCAUUCGCGAGUGGGGCACGCGAAUCAGCACCAGUGGAGGCCACAGUACAACAACCCUCUGAGCCGGAAGAUCCACAGCCAGAUCAACAACUACUACGCGAUCUGGUCUUCCAUUACGACGAGGCGAUCUCACAGUUCCGCGACAUGGACCCUUUGUCGCGCCCCAGGAUCCCGAAGUUGCAGCAUUCCCGCAGGCUGACAAGUGCAGUAAAGCUCAUGAACGAGCACGUUCUUCCGCUGCACUUGGUUGAUGCUGAGAACAUGGAGGAGCUGCAACUGAAAGUUUACUGUGCUGCUGUGGCGACCGCCAAAAGUUUAGGAUACCGUAUUAGGCCAAGAGGCGGACUGCUCCAACAUCUUCGUGAAAGGCGUGAGCCUCCAUGGCGAAGGAGAUUGGAGCAACGGAUCCUAAACAAGCGCGCCGCAAUUGGAAGACUGAUGGCGUACAAAAGAGGCAGCAGAUCGGUGAAAUUAUGUCGCCAAGUUGCUGUGAUCGUGCGGCCUACUGAACUUCGCCAGCUGGGAGCUCACCAGCUGACGGAAAAACUCGACACACUGGUACAGCAAUUGAGCGUCCUUACAAAACGGCUGAAACGUUACUCUGACUCUGCAAAGCGCCAGGAACAAAAUCGGAUGUUCAGAGAUAACGAGAAAGCGUUCUACGACCACAUUAGCGACGAGAAGCCCGACUACCGCGAAGAUUUGCCAGAUAUUAGCGAUGUGACGAACUUCUGGGCUGGUAUUUGGGAGACCCCAGUAGAACAUCGCGACGGGCAAAUGUGGUUAAGACGGGAGGAGGAGAGUUGUGGUGAAAUUGGAGAGAUGCCAGCUAUCAUCGUCGGAGAGAACGAUGUCCGCGAAGCCUCGCGGUACCUGAGGAACUGGGCAGCACCGGGCCCCGAUGGUGUCCAGAACUUUUGGCACAAGAAGCUGACCGUCGCACAUCCAAAGAUAGCUGAGUGCUUCAACAAGGUGCUACGUGACCCACACAACCUUCCUCAAUUCGCCACCCGUGGCGUCACCUUCCUCCUCCCGAAAGACAGCAACACAUUGAACCCAUCAAAGUACAGACCGAUAACGUGCCUAUCGAGUCUGUACAAAAUACUGAGCAGCAUAAUUACCGCCAAAGUUUCUGCUCACUGCGAACAGCAUCACAUCAUCGCAGAAGAGCAGAAAGGAUGCAGGAAAAAUACGCAUGGCUGCAAAGACCAGGCCAUCAUCGACGCAGCCAUAGUCGGCCAGGCGGUAUAUAACCAGCGGAACCUAAGUAUGGCCUACAUCGAUUACAGGAAGGCUUAUGACUCCAUACCUCACUCGUUUCUCGUCCGGGUAUUGGAGCUCUACAAAAUUGAUCCCGUCGUCGUUAGGUUCCUGCAGCAUGCGAUGAGGCAGUGGAGUACGUCUCUGCACCUCAGUGAUGGGGAAAAUGUGUUGCAGUCUAGAACGCUGCAGAUAAAGAGGGGGAUAUUCCAAGGCGACUCUUUCAGCCCGCUUUGGUUUUGUCUGGCACUGAACCCCCUCAGUAGGACGCUCAAUAGAAACGGUCAUGGCUAUAAAAUAAGGUAUGGCGACGGCGCCCACGAAGAAGUGACCCAUACCUUCUACAUGGAUGAUCUCAAGGUCUACGCUGAUUCACGUCAGCGUCUAGGUGUAGCUAUCCGGGUUGUCGAAGACAUAAGCAGGGACAUCUGCAUGGAGUUCGGCCUUGACAAGUGCCGCUGUGUCCAUAUGCUGAAAGGGCAGCUUACCGAAUCCGGAGGUUACGAGGUCUAUGACGGCGAGUUCAUAAGAGACAUGGUUCGUGGCGAAUCCUAUAAAUAUCUUGGAUUCCGACAGCUCACCGGGAUUCGCCACUCCGACAUCAAGACGGAGCUGCGAGACAAGUUCUUGAGUCGAGUGAACUGUGUCCUGAGGACUUUCCUCAACGCGGGGAACAAGGUACGCGCGAUCAACACAUUCGCGGUUCCCCUGCUGACCUUCAGUUUUGGUGUAGUCAAAUGGAGCAAAACUGACCUAGAGGACCUUGAGAGGAGGAUGAGGAAAGCAUUUAAAGAGGCCGGAAUGCACCAUCUUCAAUCGGCACUGGAGAGAGUUUCACUGCCACGCAAAGAAGGGGGACUUGGAAUAGUCGACAUAUCUGCACUGUGUGUUGCCCAGGUACGACAACUGCGCGAGUACUUCGCAGAACGCGCCAACCAAAACGCGCUAUACCGGGCUGUCUGCGCCGCCGACAGAGGAUACAGCGCUCUGCACUUGGCGCAAGCGGAGUACCAACUCAACUGCAAUCUGCAGACAGUGGAGGAGAAGAUUGCAGCUUGGAAGCAGAAGGCAGUACAUGGUGCCCACCCCCAUCAACUGGAUCGGCCACACGUCGACAAGGCCGCAUCUAAUCUGUGGCUAACGCGUGGUGAACUCUCUUCAGUAGUAGAAGCCGACAUGAUAGCCAUCCAGGACAGGAUAAUGCCGACGAGAAACUGCAGGCGGUACGUCUGGCAUCAAGACGUUGAUGACAUUUGCCGGAUGUGCCAUCAACCAGGUGAAAACAUAGAGCACAUUAUGGGAGGCUGUCCCGUUUUGGCCAACGCAGCCUACACCGAGCGCCACAACAACGUGGCCCGUAUUGUUUAUCGACAACUGGCGCUCCAAUGUGCUCUACUGGAAGACAACGUACCAAACUACCGGUACCUGCCUGCACCUGUCCUGGAAAAUGACCGUUUCAAGCUGUACUGGGAUCGCACUGUUCUGACCGACCUCUCGAUCCACCACAACCGGCCAGAUAUAAUGGUUUACGACAAGAGCGACCGCAAAGUCACCAUCAUCGAUGUCGCUAUUCCACUGAACCAGAAUCUGGAGGAGACCCACGGUCGCAAAAUCUGCAAGUACCGACCAUUGGCCGUGGAGCUCAAGGAACUGUGGGGGCUAAGGGAGGUCCCAAGAAUUGUUCCAGUCGUUCUCUCUGGAACUGGAAUUGUCCCGAAGACACUUCUGGAAGCGCUAAAGGUGUUGAAUAUGGAGAAGGAAUUGGCCGGCAUCCAAAAGUCGGUCAUCCUUAGCACCUGCGCGAUUGUCCGACAAUUUCUCGGUCAGGACUGAAACAGCACGGGCAUGCAGAUACGUGCAUUCCGCAGAGCCUAGUCCCCCUUUGGCAUUCAGAAGCCCGGGGGCAGGUGAAAAUUCUGGCUAGGUUCGCCUAGUUAAGAAGUGAGAUAAGUCUGCCAAAAUAUAAUAAAUAAAAUAUAAAUGAAUAAAAAAUAUAAAUCAAUAAAAAAAAUUUUAGUCUGAUGAGUUCGAACAACUUGAACAACCCUAUUCAGGGAGCUAUACAACGCUGCACACUACGGUAUAAGCACAAUAGCGAGACGGCAAAAACUAUUCUAUUGUACUUCUCUGUUUGAUGUUUGGUGAAGAUACAAAUGUGACGCUCAAUGGAACCAAUUCACAGAACACCGGUCCAGCGUCGCUGGAGAGGUGCUGCUUCCUCGCUGUUCCGGAUGCGUUGGCACUUAACUUGUCACCAAUGGGCGAAAGAAAAAAAACAACAACCAAAAAUCACUUUGGCGGAGGGGGAAAAAACAACUUUCCAGCUUCGAUAUUGUAGUGGAGGACGGACAAUGUGUGUCCGUCUCUUGCAAAUAAUCGACGAGGAAUCGGUUUACUUUACUUGGAAACGGACAGAAUAAGUAAUAAUAGUGUUGACACAACUAGAGGGCAGUGGCGGUUUCAGUAUCGCUCACAGAUUAACGCAUAGAUUGGCGAAUUCGGGCGGACUUCACGAUUGGGGACCUCCAUCGGCGACCCAUUGUCCACCUAUUGAUAAC